GUGGAAUGGAGCGUGUCGAGGGAACAGUCAUGUCAUGUCCGACUGCCAGGCUGCAUUCGGAACCCGCCCAUUCAGGCUCCCAGGUGUCGAGCCCCGCGCCACGCCCUGAUUGGCCGGGAGAUGACGUCAGGGACCGCCUGGGCAGGACUCGUCACUGAUUGGAUGUAUGCAUUUGUUCCAGCUUCACCACCACCAGGGGAAAUGCGCCCAGCGACCGCGGGGAACUCGCCUGGCCUUCCGAAACAUCCCCCUAGAAGGCGCAUGGAAUGGACCUGCAUAGAGGCUGGGACGGGCGAUCAAAAGGAGGCGAACCUACUUCAGCAAUUCAGUGGCUCUGGCCCACCGGCAGCCUCACUUUCACUGACCCGUUCAUUCAUUGACUUCCAUACUCGCUGAACGACCUGCCGUACUGCUGCUCCCAAACCUUAAAAGGCCCAUUGCAAUCCCCCCAUCCUGCUACCGUUACGCGACUGGAUGCAUCUCGAAUAGCGCAAAUUCACUGCCCCGCAGAUCGCACCCGUCUCUGGGAUCCGUCCAUAUCGCCUCGCA